AUGCGUCACAUUGCUGCAUACCUCCUUCUCCAAUCCGGUGGCAACGCGGACCCAUCCGCUGCCGACAUCAAGAAGUUGUUGGGUGUUGCAGGCGUUGAGGCUGAUGAAAGCCGCCUCGAGACGCUUAUCUCUGAGCUCAAGGGCAAGUCUAUUGCUGACUUGAUUGCGGAAGGCUCAUCCAAGCUCGCAUCCGUUCCAUCUGGUGGUGGUGGAGGAGCCGUUGCCGCCGCCCCAGCUGCUGGUGGAGCUGCUGCGGCGCCUGCUGCCGAGGAGAAGAAGCCCGAGAAGGAGGAAGAGAAGGAAUCGGAUGAUGACAUGGGCUUUGGUCUGUUCGAUUAG